AUGGCGUUUUAUGGUCUGUGUUCCUUUGUGAACAAAAAGUGGCGUUUCUGUGGUAUUUUUUAUGGGAGGCCGGUUUAUUAACGUAAUCUUUCAGAUUGAUAAUAAAAGAGUGCAAAGAAAGAAAAAUAAUAUCAAACUCAGAGGAAAGAAAGGAAAACGUGAAAGUGGCGAGUAUAAGAAAUAGAUGAGAUCCCGCUUUCGUCGGCCGGCGAACAUAUUUAUCUUUCAUAGCAAAUGUAAUAUUCUAACAAAAAAGUAGGAACAGUCCUAUCAGAAUAGCAUAUCUGAUUGUAUGUAAUCAACUUUGCAUGUCAUUCGAAAAAAGAAAAUAAUGUCAGAAAUGGAGAAAAAAGAAAUUUGUACGAUCGAGGAUCACGAUACGUACUCUAAAAAUUUGGAGAAAACUAAUAUCAUGGAAAGCAGUGGGUUCAGUGGUUACAGCGAGAGUCAGGAUUUUCAUCUUGUAGAUAUCGGUGACGAGGAAUCCCUAGAUAAGCCAGAAAAUGAGAAGAACAGGAACGUGCUUCCUGUUUCUCUCGCUAACGUAGACACAACUUCGGACUUGACGGACACGUCGGUCAGUGUUCAUCAGGAUAUUGAAAAAGAUAACCUUGCCAAGGCAGAACGUGCAAAAGAAAAUACAGAAUUGCUCGAAGAGAUAGAAGAAAUUGAAAAAAAUGAAAGAAAGGAAAAAAAUAAUGACAGCGGUGUUGUAACAAGCAAAAGCAAACAAUCUGACGAGGAAGAAGAAGAAGAAGAAGAAGAAGAAGGAGUAAUAGAAUGUACACCGCCAGAAGCUUAUUCAUCGUCUAACAAUAAGAAGCAAGUUGUUAGCAACGCGACAACAACAAAUCUAAAACGCAAGGCCGAGUCAUUCGAUGAGCCACCGAAAAAGUUAUUAAAAACAGAAGCUAAGGAAGAUGUAGUAAUUUCUAAGAAGAAAGAAUCCGAGGACGAAGAAAGUUGUCAUUCUUUUAAAUCUGACGAUUCUCAUCAGGAAUUUUCUAAAAGUUAUUCCGAAAGAAAUGUGAUAAUUGCCGAGACUCAAGAUACAGGGGACGAGAAUGCCGAGACUAUGGUAGAAAAGAUCAGCACGAACGAAGAAAAAUCAACAAAAGAAAAGCGUUCUGAAUUAGAAGUGAAAAUUUUUGAAAUUGAUAAAAAUGAAAAUUUCAAUGAUGCAUCAAUAUUGAACGAAGCUGUUGCGAACAAAGAAGCACACGGUCAACAGUUUUCUGAUACAACGAAUGCUGUGCAGCUGAAAGAGAACAGAUCAUCGGUGAUGAAAGAAAAUGAUUCUACGUCUUCUACGUCCCCCCCUAUUAAGAUGGCAACAAUCGAGAAAAUGCAAUCAGAUUCGAAUAAUGCCAAUAAUACAGGUGGUAUUAAGUUGAUCGAUACUUGUGUAAAAGAUUCUAAAAUGCGUAUUGAGAAAGGAGCGGAUAAUAAUAAAAAUGGUAUAGGUUUAGAAGAAAAAGGCAAAGAAAUAGGAGAAACAUCGGUGGUUUCCAAUGAAAUAACAAACGAAUCUCAUUCUAGUUUAAAUUCAACAAAUCUAUGUAAAUCAAGAAACAGCGUAGAACUGAUAUACGAUCGAACCGCGGCCCAUGAAAUAAUGAAAGCAAAACCCAAAGAAAUAGUAGAAAUCGACGAGGAUGGAGAAAAGAUUGUGCUAGAUUCGUCUCAAGAAGAUUCUGAUUUAAAGAUAGAGAAGAAAAAUCUUUUGGAUAAUACAAAGUCUGACACGAUAUAUAAAAGCUGUUACGAGAGUAAAAGCAGUAGCGAGUAUAGUUUCAAAUCGAUCGAAAAUACCAAAGAAUCAGCGUCCUUCGAAUCAACUAAAUCUAACAAAUUAAUGAAUGGAAGCAGCGAAUCGAAAAGAUGCGAUACAGACAGUACGGCCAGUUUACAGUCGGAUACGUUUAGCGACGGUCCGGUUAUCCAUGAUAAACUAGUCGGUAGUAGUGUUUCUACGCCCGUGUGUAACGUAAAUAAGCAAGUGAAACAAGCAGUUGUUCCUGUUCUAUCCAAGGAUACAAGCGAUCAUGCCGAUUUACUAUUAAGUGUAAGUGAUAACGAACCUGAUGUUUUUAUAGUAGAUGAUAAAACUAAGUCUAAUUUAACUCACAGUAAUUCUAUCGCAAAAGCUGUUGUUCAGGUGGAAAAAGAAAUUGGUAUAUAUGUAAGAAUGAAAUGCUUGUUACACGUCGACGAGGGUACAAAGGAAUUUUUCAACAAAGAAAUCACCGGUGUACAAUGCGAAACUGUCGCUCCAGAAGCCACUGACCGGUUGACAAUGAUCAGACAAAAAAAUAACGAUACUUCAGCCUCGUUGGCAGAUAUUUCUGGAAAUGACAAUAAAGAUGCAUCUCCUGGAUCGGUAAAUAGUAACCCACAGUUGUAUCAAUUGAAUCCUUCUAGACUGUCGUUCGCAUCUACCAUCAGUUCGUUAAGUUCUGCAUCUAGCGGUGCAUCAUUGACGGCUAAGCUUGCGAUAAGGGAUAGUACACAUUUCUCAUUGCCAAAGGCACCAUUGCCAAAGCAUGCGAGAAAACAAAUACAAGACAUGCAUUUAUUGCACGAUAAGCAAGCACUAGACGAAGCGUAUGAACGGGUUAGCAAAGAAUGGCAAAAUAGUCACCUUCUUGCGACGACUAUUUUAAAUUUUGCUAAUACGGAACUUUCCGGAAUCGAUACCACCUGCAAUGUUAGUAACGAAAGAAUAGACGAUCAGUUACAAAAAAUCAGAUCCUCUACUCCUGAAGUAGCUAACCAGGAAUUGGUGCAGGUAGAGCAGGUAAAGCAGGUACAGCAGGUGCAAAUGCAAACUCCGAAAAGCACGAAAAAAAGUAAAUCGGUGAAAAGGCAAAGAAGUAAAAGCCUAAAGUCAUCAGCCGAUGGUCAUCAUUCCGCGGGUGGAGGAGGACUUGUAAACCAAACGGAAAGCAAUAAUAAUACACCGAGCAGAAAAAAGAAUAAAAUAGAACAACAGACGGAUAGUGGUUUAACCGGUACUGUAGAUGAUUCAGCAAAAUCUCUCUCACAAAUGAUAACGGACGAGUUAAUUGGCAAAGAGGUAUUUGCUAAAUGGUCUGACAAUAAUUAUUAUCCUGGUACGGUUACUGAUAAAGUAAAAACGAAAUAUAAAGUAAACUUUUAUGAUGGAAAAAAUAAGAUACUUAUAGAAGACUUUGUUAUAACGAUACCAGCACUUUUAAAAGAGGGUUUGUCCGUUUACGCUACUACUAAAAACGACGAUUACGGAUCCUGCGGUAUUAUUGUCGAUACCGAUACUGUAAAUAACCAAGUAUAUUACAUCGUAGAGACGGACGAAGGGGAGAGAUUAAAAGUUCAAGUUAAAAAUAUUUUCUUAACCAGCGAUCAGGCUCAAUUGUUAAAAGAGGAAAUUUCUUCAGAAAAUAAAAGUCUUCCAUCGACGCCGAAACAUUUAGGUCAAAUAACGCUAGACAAUAUGGUUGAUGGUAAGAGACGUUCGAAACGGAUUGCCACUCCUGUAUAUCUAACGCCUAAAACUAAUAAAUUAAUUCAUACACCGAGUAAAAACGAAUCGGAACCAUCUGUUUCUGGUAUAUCUUCUUCAUCCAUUAUGAAUAAAAAAAAUAAGAAAAGAUCAUCUGAAAGCAGCGAUGCUGUUUCUAGCGAUUCGAACCUUUCUCUGAAAGAUGAAAUGUUUUCUAUCGGCAUACAGCCUGAGAUCAUUGGAACUCCCUACGAGCAAACUGUAAAAGGACCACAGAAUCGAAUAAAAAGUAUCAAAUCAAGAAGUAAUAAAAAGAAAGUCGAAGACGAGGAAACUAUUGCGAUAUUUGGUCCAAUUCCACGCACGGAUUCGAAUCUCUUCAAAGGCAUGUCUUUCAUUCUCACUUGUGCACCGGUAGAAACCAUUGACCGUUUUCAAAUCGAUAACAAAGAUUAUGGUUCAGAUCCGGGAACGGAAAACGAGGAAGACUGGGUAAAGAAACCUUUUAUAAGGGAUAGAUUAACUACACAAAUAGUAGCGGGUGGCGGAAAAGUUUACACGGACUUUAAUGAAAUACCACGAGAAGAGUACAAAAAUACAAAAUUAAUAACAAACGUACCAAAUAGUACGGCAAAAACUUUGUUGUGUCUCUCAGUUGGUAUACCCGCUUAUAAUCAUAAUUGGAUUAUAAGAUGUUGUCAAGAAGGAAAAAUUGUAAAUCCAGCCGAGGAUGAAUUACCCGCAGGAUGGAGUUUAGAUAAACAGUCGUACGUUGAAAUGUUCCAAAGACCUAGUAACAAACCAUUCACCCGGAUUAUUGUAAUAAUUCCGGUUAUAGAAUCUAAUAAACAAUUUGUUACAUUUUGGCGGCAAAUUUGUGAAAAUGCAGGUGCUUGUGUCUUAUUGGCGGAUAAACCAGAUACAAUGGAAAAUUAUAUAGACGGUACAGUGAUUCUUACAAACGGUUCGUGUCCGUCUUGGACAGUAGAGAAAGCUGCUGAAUUACAAAUUCCAUUGCUUUCUGCAACGUGGAUCGUUCAAUGUUUGAUAGAAGGACAAUUAUGUCGGUAUGAUUCGCAGCCACGUUAUAAAUAUAAUUAUAAAAAAAACUAGGUACGCUUAACGAUCGGAACUCUAAUCGGUUACUCUAAUUCUAGAGAUCUAGAGGUGAGAAUCAGCUUUUAUACGUUCGAAAAUUCUCUUAUAUUACCGAAUGUUAUUUCUAUUUCUUUUUUUUUUCUUUUUUUUUCUUUUUUUUUUUUUUCUUCUUUUUUAUUCUUUAUCCAACAACAAUUUUCUCUUCCUUCGAACAUUUCAGAACGUUACUUUAAUAUUCGACGAUUACAGAAACCCUCGCGAAUCUUCUCACGAUGUAUGUAUCAUCAUUAAUUUCCUGAUAAAACGUAUAUUUUAUAUAUGUAUAACAAUAUUGUGUUCUCUGUGAAUAACUGGUGUAAAAAGAUUUCUCCUUUAAGGUGAUCAGUUAUUAUGAAAAAACGUAAUGUUAGCGUUUUCUAAGAUUUUUUAUGAAUAAAAUUCUAAACGAAAAAUCACUUUUAUAUAUAAAUAAACGAAGGAGAGAAAAGAAAAACAAAAAAACUGUAAAUUUAAAAGAUGAUUCUUAAUCGUAACGUACACAAUUCGAUAUUUACUACUUAUUCCAUUUAUAUUUUAAUCGAUAGGAGGUUUAUUAAUACGAACCACAGUUAGUAGCAUUAAAUUUUGUCUGGUUAUAUUCUUUUUUUUUUUUUCAUUUUGUUGUAUCGUUAUGCGAAAAGAUGAAAUGAGAAUUUCUAUCAACUCGUAUUUACAUUAUCAAUGUAAAUAAUUCGAUGCAUUAUUUCUUUUAUAACGCAUUUAGUUGUACGAGAAUUAUUAUAUUUUUCUCUCUUUAAGAUUUUGUUAAUAACUAUUGGUCUGUUGGUGAAAGCAAUUACGCGAAAAACUUACAUGUAUGUAUAUCUCGAUAUGAUAAAUCUUUUUAUUAACUUACAAUUAGUUCCCUUUCAAUAGAACAUACAUAGUAAAUAUUGAUGUACUGUAAAUCAAAGUUAACAAUGGGUAGUAUAUCCUGUAAAUAUUUUUUUACUUGAAAUUACAAUAACGGAUCAUAAAAACUAUUUACAUUACAUUUUUAUAUUCUAGAUAUACAUACCCCCCAUUACUAAAAGAAAUUUAUAAAAUCUUUUAUCGCCUAUGCACAUAGCGAAUAUAAUAUGUUCCGUAAAAAGAAAAAAGAAAAGAAAAUAAUAAAUAUCAAGCGAGUUGCCUAUAAAUACUUCAAAUUAAGGUAGCAUUAAUGAUUUUUAACAAUGAAAGAUACUAAAACCGUAUCUUUACCGUGUUUACAACUUUUUCAGUAAUUCGUUUACAGAAUGAUUCUCUGUUAGACCAAAUAUCAAUAAAAUGAUAAAAAUGUAUGUGGAAAGUGCACAUGUGCGAAUGUCUGUGUAUAUAAGUAAAUAUAUACAUAUACGAUAAAUUUUAUUAUGUAAGAUGUAGUUAUCAUGUAAAAUGUUUGGGGAUAAAAUACAGUGACAUAUUUUGGCAAAA